UCUUUGUUGAUCAAGUAUAAGAUUGAUUGUUUUCAUCGGGAUUUUGUGAUAACAAGUCUGUGAUAAUAUUCGGUGCCGGCAAUAGAAUAGUUUGCAAUAUGGCGGCUAAACUACUGCCAGAGUUUAUGGAUGUUGAUGGAAAAGUGAUUUUGGUGACGGGAGGCGCGGUUGGGAUCGGUGCUGGACUAGUCAAGGAACUGUUGUCACAGAAUGCGAGGCACGUCGCCUUCCUAGACGUGUUGGAACGCGAAGGGGGAGCCCUUGAGAGCGAACUAUUGAAUAAGUUCGGCGCCCUGAGAGCGAGGUUCAUAAAAUGCGAUAUCUCAGACGAAGGACAACUUUCAGCGGCGUAUAAACUCGUAUUGGACAAAUACAGACGACUCGACGCGGUGGUGAACAAUGCAGCGGUCAUGUCAGAGGGGGACUACAAGAGAAUGGUGGAUGUUAAUUUUACAGCAACCGUGACCAGUACAUUUAAGGCUCUAGAGGUGAUGUCAGUGGAUAAAGGUGGCAGCGGAGGAGUCGUGUUGAACGUCUCAUCGUUGAUAGCACUGAAACCUCAGGAAAACUUACAUUUCCCUGUUUUCGCGGCUACGAAAGCUGCAGUGCUACAUUUUAGUAACCAGAUUGCGACUCAACAGUCAUAUUCAAAGACCAAAGUUCGCAUAGUAACAGCAUGUCUGGGCUUAACCGACACAGCAUUGCUACAUAGGCACAACUUCGAGAGACACGAUACCAACAGCUUAGUUGCACAAGUCCCUGAAAAGCAGAGGGUAACGUCAGCGGUGAGCGGCAUAAUGUUCGUAAUUAGACGGGCCGAGAGUGGAUCUACCUGGAUAAUCGCUGACGACGAACCCGCUAGUGACGUCACUAGCACUGUGAGAGAGGGCUUUCGUAGUGUGGCCACAGCGAUUUGAUUGCUUUGUAUAGAAUACUGACGUCGUGUAGACACUGCUAAACCUCUCGUGAUUUUGUCGGUAUGUCUACUAUAAUCUUACUUUAAUACAACAAAACAAGUUAGCCCGCUUCCAUCUUAGACUGCAUCAUCACUUACCAUCAGGUGAGAUUGUAGUCAAGGUAAAGAAUAAAAAAAAUACGACCCGUAGUACAAAUAAGCUUAUGAUUAAGGGUGGGUGGAAACUAAAGCUCGUGUCAGUUUUAGCUGUUUUUACGUCUAAUGGAAAAUACCUACGAAAAUGUAUAUUUAAAAUAAGGUCAUAUUUGCAUUCCAACUUCUUGCAGUGUUCUUUUUAUGCCAACUAAAAAAAUAUUUAAGUAUUGUUAGUUAGUCCCGCUCAAAAUUUAUAUAAGUGUAAAAAUAACAGUUUUUUUUUUUAUAUUUUGUUUAGAAAAAAAGGUAAUAAGGAAAAUGUAAAAGCACAACCAAAAAAAUCGAAAAUUGAAAAAAAAACUGAUUUAUUUUUGUUUUGCACCGCUUUAUUUAGGGUUACAGACAUUCCAAAUGUUGUUAGAUGUAGGUUUCUACGUACUAUUACCAAUAAAAAUAUAUUUAAAUGUUUACUCGUAUAUAUUUUUUUAGCCAUAAGUACAUAACUAAAUUGUUUUUAUAUUUUGUUAGUAUUAGGUACAAAUGAAUACAAUAAGGAACUUAAGCUAACUUAUCCUAAUAACUAUACAAAUCAUGCCCACGUGGAAUGGUGGCAAGAAUACUGGCUGCAUUUCCGCGCUGGACAGCCAGGCUGAUCCUUUGCGCAAAAAAUGAGCCAGCUCUUCUGUCACCAGUCGAGGCAACUAGCCGCGGUGAAAUGGUACGGAAAAAUUUUUUGGCACUGCGACUCCAUGGCCCAAGGGUCUCCACGGCAAAAGGUACAAAUAUGUAACUCUCUGUCAGAGAGGCAAACUUGAGCCACUUACCGGUUUCAGCUUUUUCUGCUGCGGCUCCCGGUCUUGAUUCUGUCUCCCUGAUAUGACACGGUGCUAAUGUGUCGACGCAUGUAGCGUCCCACAUUAGGGCCCGCCCCAUUCCCCAGGGAACCAGCGUCAAUCCAUCAGGUCUCUUACCAUCAUCCCGACUGAUUCCUAACGGCUCGAUUAGCGCAGGAAUAUUUAUGCUACAAAUUGUAAUAAGUUAUACCUACGUAGAAAUUAUAUUAAAUUAGUUUUUUUCCUCUGUAACGAUUUUUAUUAUAUUAAUACCCUCUUGCUCGCCAGUUAAACUAUUAUGUUAGACAUUUUGGCUAUUUAUCACACACGUUCAUAUUAAGAUUAUAACAGUGAUUGUGCAAUACGUCGUUCUUUUUUCUUUGUGGUUGUGUGCUCCCCUAGCUAUCAAACUCAUGCGUGAUCCAUUUAACGCUUAAUAGAAUGGAUCAACAACGUCGAGCCUCGAAUUACCAAUAUAAACAGUUUAUAGCUCGAUUAUGUGUUGAUCGACUCGACAAGGCGGAAGAAACUUUUAUUAAACGUGCAUAUUAACGAAAAAUAACUGCCUUGUUCAUCCAAUAUUGAUGGUGAAAAUGGACAUGAUUACUAUGAAAUAUUUGUACAGGGCCUUUGAAGCAGCGUGGUGGGUUUAAGCUCCAUAUCCCCUCUCAUAAAAGGAGGGAGGCCUGGCCCUGUAGUGGGCUGUCGAGCCACGAUACGAAUUUCACUCUUUGCUCUUUCUGUGAUUGCCACAACGCGUCCUGCGCGUUUUCAUUAGAGGUAUAACUUGAAUUUCGCGAUGUGGAUAUUUUACUGUGACCACAACGCGUUGUGAGCUAAUUUUCCGCUCACUGAGCGUUUCGAUCUUUGAGCGUAACAUAUAUAACAAGUUCUUUAAUGACACUCCCAUGAUAUGCGCGCGGGGCAAACGGAAGGACUGCGCCGGUAUGAAGUCGUGCGCGCGGGGAAUUGACACCUCUUCCUGCGCGGACCAUCGGGAGUGUUACGAACGAAUUUGGCAAUCUAUAGUUUUGCACAUCAUUCUUUAAUGUUUUGUACAACUUGCAAGGACGAGAUUCAAGUUCACCUCUAUCUUACUAUUUCUAUCCUUCUAUAGUACGUGAUCUAUAGACAAAAAGAGAUUGAGGUGAAUUCGAGACUCAUACUGUCUAGUUAUAAAAACAUCGUUUUAGAAUAGCCCUCCGGUCUCUCGUUCGGUCAACUUAAUCUAUAGGUACCCCUGCUAAAUAUAUUCUAAAGAGGAAUGAAAAAUUGAAUUCCUUCAGUGUUGGGAUGCUACACUAUCCCCGGUGAUAGUGUAUAAUCUCUUCCAUUCUUAUUCUUCGGGUGCUAUAGGAAAUAUUUUAUCCCCGUUAACGGGAACAAUGCCAGUGAAACCGUGUGUGUCUAGUUACCUACUAAAAAAAUCAAUCAAAAAAUUUAAGGAUUUAAAUACAUAACCUCCCAAUUAUAAACCAACUAGCUGACGCCGCGCGAUUUCACACGCGAGGUUCCCGUUCCCGUAGGAAUACGGGGAUAAUAUAUAGCUUAUAGCCUUCUUCGAUAAAUGGACUAUCUAGCACUGAAAGAAUUUUUCAAAUCGGACCAGUAAUUUCUGAGAUUAGUGCGUUCAAUCAAAGAAACUCUUCAGCUUUAUAAUAUUAGUAUUAGUAUAGGUAUAGGUUGGAGAGCCGUGAUAGCCCAGUGUAUAUGACCUCUGCCUCCGAUUCCGGAGGGUGUGGGUUCAAAUCCGGUCCGGGCCAUGCACCUCCAACUUUUCAGUUGUGUGCAUUUUAAGAAAUUAAAUAUCACGUGGCUCAAUCGGUGAAGGAAAACAUCGUGAGGAAACCUGCAUACCAGAGAAUUAUCUUAAUUCUCUGCGUGUGUGAAGUCUGCCAAUCCACAUUGGGCCAGCGUGGUGAACUAUUGGCCUUACCCCUCUCAUUCUGAGAGGAGACUCGAGCUCAGCAGUGAGCCGAAUAUGGGUUGAUGACGACGAUUAGUAUAGGUACAAGGCUAAAGAGGUUUGCCAGUCUCUAGCAGGAAAUAGUGAGCGCGCAACAGUUUCAUAUCCUUACAAAUAGGAUGAAAAGCAAAUUUUAUCGGGCGUUAACUGGCAUAUAUUUCACUGACGGCGUAAACGUUAACCACUCCCCUAAUAUUUGCUGAGCCAAACAAUUGUUAUUGAUGAGACAUUUUGAGCCUUCCCCCAUUGAAAUUGGAUACCUCACAAUGAGGGAUAUAUACGCCAUCAAUAAACUGCUGACAUUCCAAUUCCCUUUUACGAUCUGACAUAAUGGUUACUUUGUAUUGAAUUUUGAUUGUUGUUUGGUAAACAGCUUGCGGUAUUAUUUAAUGGUAUCGGCUUUACGAACUUGUUGUGCUAUAAUGUAUUCGUGGCCACCGUUAUCGGAUAUUAAAUUACAAAGGUUUUGCUUUUGAAAAUACUUUGCUAAAGCCUUUUGUCGCAACGCAAGAAUAUUUUUUUAGCUGUGAUAGCCCAGUGGAUAUGACCUCUGCUUCCGAUUCCGGAGGGUGUGGGUUCGAAUCCGGUCCGGGGCAUGCACCUCCAACUUUUCAGUUGUGUGCAUUUUAAGAAAUUAAAUAUCACGUGUCUCAAUCGGUGAAGGAAAACAUCGUGAGGAAACCUGCAUACGAGAGAAUUAUCUCAAUUCUCUGCGUGUGUGAAGUCUGCCAAUCCGCAUUGGGCCAGCGUGGUGGACUAUUGGCCUAACCCCUCUCAUUCUGAGAGGAGACUCGAGCUCAGCAGUGAGCCGAAUAUGGGUUGAUGACGUAAGAAUAUUUUAAUUUUAAAAAUGUAUUCAUAAUCCUAAACGAUUCCAGUGACUUCGUAUUUCCAAAUUCAAUGAGAUAAUCGCUAGCAUGUCUAUAAUAUUUAUAGCCUCAAUAGCUAUAAUAAUAAAUAAAUAUAAAUAAUAUAGCGAUCGGACUCAUCAUCGAGGGGUGAUGGUUCGAUACCCGCCCCGUUGGUCUACUAUCGUACCCACUCCUAAUACAGUAUUUCCCGACUAGUUGGAGGGGAAUAGGAUUAUUGAUCAUAUUUAAGAUAAAAGAUAUGGCAAAUAUUCUUUAAAAAAAAAAAGAAAAUUUUGUAAAUAAUGAUCACUCAUUAUUUCGAAUUUGGAUGGACACGCGACUGCAUGUCUCGAUUAUCUCAUUGAAUAUACAUAUUGUUUCUAUGGUUAUAGAACACAAAUACACCAUUUGUAUAAAAAAAAACUCCUUUUUAGUUUUGAAUGUUGACAGAAAUAUCGAAGAGAGCAACUGUUGCCGGUUUCUUGUUUUUUUUUUUUUUUUAUUCUUUACAAGUUAGCCCUUGACUACAAUCUCACCUGAUGGUAAGUGAUGAUGCAGUCUAAGAUGGAAGCGGGCUAACUUGAUAGGAGGAGGAUGAAAAUCCACACCCCUUUCGGUUUCUACACAGCAUCGUACCGGAACGCUAAAUCGCUUGGCGGUACGUUUUUGCCGGUAGGGUGGUAACUAGCCACGGCCGAAGCCUCCCACCAGUCAGACCUGGACAAAUUAAGAAAAUCUCAAUCUGCCCAGCCGGGGAUCGAACCCAGGACCUCCGUCUUGUAAAUCUACCGCGCAUACCACUGCGCCACGGAGGCCGUCAAACGUUGUCGGCUCCUCUCAGCAGAACCUACCGCAAAACUAGCGGCAGAGUCUUUACAAAAACUCAAAGACUUUCAAAAGUGCUUAUAAACUAAACCUACUUGAAAUAAAUGAAUUUUGAAAUUAUACAGUACCAGAAUUUGUCAAUUCCAAAAUACACUCAUACCAAUCGUAGAACGGUCCAUUAGGGGCGCGGUUGACCUGAAAAUUGCAUCAAUUUUCAAACCAUUCCAGCGAUACAGACGUCAACUAAACAGUCAUUGCUUUUAGUAUAAUUAGGUUUCAGGCAGACAUAAUGGUACCAGGGCAAUUUCGUUACCGAUUCAAUUGGGCAUACCAAAAAUAGAGAUUCUAUUUUGCCCACCAAAGGUUCUAAAUCAAAUUACCUACUUACAAACACUACGCUUUCCGGUGCGGGAUCGCUAUUCCAGCACCUUGGAAGCCCAACGUCCACCGGCUCUUCCAACUAUGUGGCAUGUCCAUUGCCACUUCAGGUUCGCGACUCGCUGAGCUAUAUCAGUGACUUCAUUUUUUAGCCUAUAUCAUAAUCAUCAUCAUUAACAGCCGAUGGACGUCCACUGCUGGACAUAGGCCUCUUGCAUGGACAUCCAAAUAAAACGGACUCGAGCCGCCAGCAUCCAGCGGCUCUAUCCAACCCGCUUGAUAUCUUCGGUCCACCUAGUCGACUAACACUGCGUUUUCCGGUGCGGGGUCUCCAUUCCAGCACCUUUGGAGCCUAACGUCUAUCGGCUCUUCGAACUAUGUGGCCUGACCAUUGCCACUUCACCUUCGCGACUCGUUGAGCUAUAUCAGUGACUUCGUUGCUUAGCCUAUCAUAAUCAUUAUCAUUAACAGAUGAUGGACGUCCACUGCUGGACAUAGACUUCUUGCAUGGACAUCCAAAUAAAACGGUCUUGAGCCGCCAGCAUUCAGCGACUCCAUCCAAACCGCUUGAUAUCUUCGGGCCACCUAGACGACCAACACUGCGUUAUCCGGUGCGAGGUCUCCAUUCCAGCACCUUGGAACCCCAACGUCGAUCGACUCUUCGAAAUAAGUACCCAUAUGCUGCCAAUCGCUACUUCAGCUUCCCGACUCGCUAAGCUAUGUCAGUGACUUUGGUUUUACUACUAAUAUCCUCAUUUCUGAUUCGAUCUCGCAGAGAAACUCCAGGCAUAGUUCGCUCCAUCACCCGCUUAGUCUAGUUAGUCAUUUGUGAGUUAUGACGUCGUCGGUUCUAUUCAAUUCAGUUGAAUUCAAUUCUUUAUUUGCAGAGAACACGUACAAUCAAAUGUUUUGAGCCAUUUAUGGCAUACAACAAUUUAUGUUACAAAUACAAAAUUAUUGACAAAACAAAAAAAUAAAUUCAAUAGCAAAUGUAUAAAUAAACAUAUAAAAUUUAAAUAAAAAGUUAUAAAAAUUACAAUCUGUGCAGGUACGAGGUCUUAUGUCAAAUAAUAAUCAUCAUCAUCAGGGGUCAUCGUAAAAAUCAAAAUGCACGUAGACGAAAUCGCGGUUAUUAUAUAACUUAAAAUUCAUUUAUGUCAAGUAGGCUCAGUGUGCCUAGUGGGAGUUUUCAAUAUUUUCAAACUGUUACGAUCGCGUUGACGUAAACGCAAAUUUAUAUGGAAUUUAAACAGUUGUGCAGUAUUGCCACUAGAUGGCGUUGUUUCAAUUCCUUAGAAAUACGCGUUUACGUGAACGCGAUAGUAACAGUAUCAAACAGCCACUAGGCCCUCACUACAAGCACUUUUAAAAUGUCAGUUAACUAUUUGUAAAGACUUGUAAGGUUCAUAAAUAAACAACAUAUAAAUGUCCAGCAAUGGACGUCCGUGCAUACGAUUACGACCAAACUUUACUGUGUCAACAUUAAUUCACUACGACACUGAGUGAGGAUAUAAAACAGAAAUGACACAUAAAAGAAAUGUAGUAAAAGAAAAAAAAAGCAAUAAAAAUCGUUCAUUCUCCCUUUAUUACAAAGUUAGCUGAAAUUACUCCCCCACGUAAGUAAAUACGUUUCAGCGCAAAUGUUGUCUUUGACCCCAUCCCCUCCCCUGGCUCGUUUGUUUUCCCAAAGAACCUUUAUCAAACAGCACGUAUGACGACCGUAAAUAACAAAUUAUUAUUUAAAUUGUCACGUUUUGCGAGGACGAUAAUAAUAUUGAGGUAGUAUUUCUGCUCUGAAAGAAUUCUGCUAUAAAACUAGCGGACGCCUGUAACUUCGUCCGUCCUUAGACCUCUUUAAUUCGGCCCUAUCGCAAAAUCCGUUCAUAAGGGAUACCUAAUAACUAUAGACUACCCUCUACCAAAUUUCAUCUUUGUACGUCAAGGGUUUUCGAGAUUUCGUGAUAAAUGACCUUUCGCAUUUAUAUAUUAAGAUGAUACUUACGUAUAAAAACAUAGGUUCUACUGCUGUCAUUGUUCGCAUUUACAAAAAAAUAAUUAAAUAAAUAAAAAAAAACUAUCAGGGUUCAUUGUGGAUUACGGAACUCUAAAAGGAAGUUGUGAAAACUUCAAUAUGCGUGAAAGUUUGAAACGCUUCAAAACGGCUAAGAUUUUUAUUAUAUUGCUAAAACAUUCUUUACAUUAUAUUAGCUAGGCAGGUAUAUACUAUUAGAUGCAUUCCAGUGUGGAAUCCCGAGAGUUUGGAAUAUAAAAUAGUUCAUUGUUCAAAGCAAAUUCCCGGAUAGAUAUUCCCAAAAGUUGAGCAGCAUUCUCUAUUAGUGGCUUGCAUUGCACCGAUCUAUAUUAUACGCUAGUAGAGUGGAAUUAUGCUCUAGGAAUUGCUUUUGGUUUCCAUUUACAUUUCACGCAGAAAUUGCCUUAUAACUUAAUUAUUUAGGUUGUUUAUAGAAUUAAAUCUAUAACCAAUUUUUGUAGUAAUAGACUACAAGCCCUUGAAUAAAAAUUACCUGUGAAAUGAACCACGUGAAUAAUACUUAGAAGGCUGUUACUUUAUCAGAAAAUAACUCUGAGCACUAUGCCGACAUUUCUGCCAGUACAGGUGAGUAUGCGAGUGAAGAGUAAGGCUUGCGACUCUUAUCUUUCGACUUCUGCGCUGGAAAAAUGUACGGCGUUUACGGGUAAAGUAUCUGUAAAUGUGUACAAAACUAAUUGCUCAAAUCGUCGUUAUCAACCCAUAUACGGCUCACUGCUGAGCUCGAGUCUCCUUUCAGAAUGAGAGGGGUUAGGCCAAUAGUCCACCACGCUGGCCCAAUGCGGAUUGGCAGACUUCACACAGGCAGAGAAUUAAUAAAUUCUCUGGACCGGAUUCGAACCCACACCCUCCGGAAUUGGAGGCAGAGGUCAUAUCCACUGGGCUAUCACGGCUCAUUGCACAAAUGCCGUACAUUCGGCAUUCAUUUAUUACAAUGACCUAUUUUGCUUCUGCAAUUGUCGACAGUUAAAAGUUUGCACUAGGAUUUUCGACAUUUAUUUUUAAUCACCUUUAACACUAUAACAAAGCCGUACAAUUAUAAUUAGUCGUAAUUCAUCAUUUGUACCUGAGAAAUUCCAUUCACUCGCGUACUCAACACUGUACCGCUCAGAAAAUACGGCAUAGUGUUAUUUUCUGAUAAAGUAACAGCCUUCUAAGUGUUAUUCACGUGGUUCAUUUCACAGGUAAUUUUUGUUCAAGGGCUUGUAGUCUGUAAUAUAAUGUUUUGAUUAUGUAACGUCGCUGGUGCUUCGAUUUCUGAGCAUUGUUCACGGAAAUAGUGUUUUUAAUGCUCUUUAAUUAUUUAUGUAAAGUAAAUGAAUUUUAAAUUUUUUAAAUGAGAUAUUAAGGAAAAAUAACAUAUAAUAUAACAUUAUAAGCAUAAAUAAUAUACCAUCAUAACAAAUUGCCGAUUCAAUUAUUUAGAAAUAUUGUACACCACAAAUACAAACGGAAAAACAAAUUGACACAAAUAAUAUUAAAAAUUAUUAAUAAAAAGAUAUAUUGCGGAAAAUGUACUAAGUAUUAAAGUGUUACCUACUUUGUUUUGUAUAAAAAGUAUUAAAAUAAUUAUAAUAUGUAAAUGAGAAAUAAUAAAA